UUGGUCUCUUUGACACUCAGAGUGAGUAGUUGAAAUCCCCAGUUCAGAUAUAAAGCCUAUCAACGAACUCGGGAGAGAGAAGUCAGAAGAAGAAGAAGGGGAUUAGAUUUAGGGCCAUGGCUGAUCUAUUCGCAUGGCUCCUGUCCUUCUUCCUUCUUGUCGCUACUCUGGCUAUUGUUCUUUACCAGGUCAUGUGCUUAUCUGACCUUGAGUUAGAUUAUAUCAACCCAUAUGAUUCAGCAUCUCAGAUAAACAAGGCUGUCUUUCCAGAGUUUGUUACUCAAGGAUCCCUGUGCUUGUUACAUCUUUUAACAGGGCAUUGGUUAAUGUUUUUGAUCUGUCUCCCACACUCAUACUACAACUUUCGAUUCUCCAAUCCAUUACUAGUGCACCAUCCCACCAUAUUUUCAGGCCCAAAAUCAUCAUCUGUGAACCCACUUUUAGUCCAAUAAAACAUUUACCAUCAUGUUUUCUCCGUGACUCCACCGAUGUUCCAACGUGCAUGCUUUGGUGGCUUACAAGCGGCGACACCAGCCUUUCUAUAUCUGUACAUGUACAAGAAUAUGCAGACACCAGUCGAACUGGUUCGUUUUGGUACCUCUAGGUUUACGAGUCUAUUUCAUUAUCAUAUGCCGUAGAAUAAAUCAUGUGCUAAACAGCUGAUGAAACUAAAACUUUAUGGUAUGUGCAUUGUUCAUUAGUUUGGCAUUUUAAAGGGUGGUACAGUGAUGUCCUUUUGUUUAUGUUGCUCUACCAUAUUUAAAUCUACCCAUCUAAAAUGUACAUCUGAGGGCCCCUCAUGCUAACCCCAGAUAUCUAAUACGGCUCUGUAUUCUUGAAUUUGC